AAAAAAAUCAGAACUGCUUUUCAACUUUCAUGGACAACAGAAAUGAUCAGUCGUCAUCAGAGACAAGGAUAAUCACAAGAAGGAACAAGUGUGCUGCAUGCUUUAAGCAAUUCGUCAAAAUGGAGCACUUUGUGGAGCACAUGAGAACCUCAUAUCAUUCAGUUCAUGAACCCACAUGCAGAAUUUGCAAAAAACAUUGCAGAUCUUUUGAAUCUCUAAGGGAACAUCUUAUUGGCCCACUGCCAAAAGAAGCAUGCAAAAGAAUUUUCAGCAAUCAAGGAUGCAAAUUCUGCCUAGUUAUCCUCAAUAACCCAGAUGCACUCAGGUUGCACCAAGAAAUUUGCCAACUCCCCAGUGUAAAUACUGGUGUGCUUGCUCAAUUGGCUAACUUGAACAUUUUUGAUAAUUUGACUAUCGAUAAUGUUCAAAUAAGAGGGCCACAAGUAGUUGCACUCGCUUGCAAAAUGGUUGGUGGUGGUGGCAGUGAUGGCUCCCUAGAUCUCUGUGCAAGGGUCUGCCUCAUUGAUGAAUAUGAAAGCAUAAUCUACCAUACUUAUGUCAAGCCACCAACUCCAGCCACAAACUAUAGGUAUCAAACAACGGGCAUUCGAGCAGAAUACUUAAGGGAGGCAUUGCCGCUGAGCCAAGCGCAGAGGAAGAUUCAAGACCUCCUCUACAAUAGAGAGCCAAUGCGGAAGCUUAGACCUACUGAUGGAAAAGCCAGUAUUCUUGUGGGUCAUACUUUGGAUUGUGACCUUAGCCUCCUACAAAUAAAUUACCCAGCAACAAUGAUGAGGGAUACAGCAAAAUAUCCUCCACUGAUGCAAACAAACAAGCUCAGCAACUCCCUUAAAUACUUAGCAAAAACAUAUCUUGGGUAUGACAUUCAAGCUGGCAGUGAAGACCCUUAUGAGGACUGUGUUGCAUCAAUGAGGCUUUACAAAAGAAUGAGAUCCCAAGUUCACAAAAAAGGGGAGUAUCCACAAAAUCAAAACAAUUUUGCAUUAUGGAGGCAAAGCGAACUUGAAAAGAUGACCCCAGAACAACUAUUGGAAAUUUCAAGGUCUGAUUUCUACUGUUGGUGCUUGGACUCUCAAGUUUAG